UCCAACUACCACGAAGGCCUAAGGCCUAAACACCCAUUGGGUACCGUGGGGCUAUAGGGUGAUGCAGGGGAAGGGGGGAACGCCACACGGACUCUGGCGAGGGAACACGUGUGCAUACAACAUGCACACAUUCUGGCCCCGCCUACGAGAUCCGCCGGGUGGUACCUCCGCGUCCGACAGUCAGAGACCGUCUACCACCUACGGACAAUCACAACAUCCAUAGCCAAGAGAAAAAUUUCUCCUGGGACGGGAUUUGAACCCGUACUGCACAC